AUGGCAACCGUCUGCCAAGCUCUGGAAACUGUGAGGCGAGAUUUAAGAAGAACUGAUAGGGAAAUAAAGAGGCGCUUAAAGCUGAUGGAACUGCACUGCUGCCAUAGGUACUGCGGGCUGCACUCCCACUGCCUCUGUGACAUAGCCCUCCAUCCGCACUGCUGCUGCCUCAUGCACCCCUAUCCUCACUGCCUGUGUGACAUACUGUGCAGCCGACCCUGUCGACCCCUCUGCCUCACGGCUUUGGAACGGAAAGCGAUCAGAGCUAAAAUAGAAGCUGAGCAAGAACUGGCCAGAAUUCGAAGAAGAGUUACUAAAAUGCUGGCAACAUGUAGCCGCCCAAAGCUUUUAGCUUUAAUGGACGUUAAGGGUUUUGAACCAGAGGACAUUACAGUGAAAGUACAAGAUGGAAAGGUUAAAGUUUCUGCGGAACAUGAAGAAGAAUUCAAGACUUGUACUGGGAAGGAGUACAACUACUCCACUGUCACCAAAGAGAUCUGCCUGCCACCAGGGGUGUCGGAGAAUGAAGUCACUUACACUAUAGGACCCACCAGUCUUGUGAGGAUAGAAUCCCCAGGCUCUGUGCCUCCGUGCCUCCUUAGUCUCCUCUGA